GGUACAGAGCAGAGAGCCAUUCCUCUGUCACGUGACAGGGAGUGACCUUACGCCUGGACCCCAUGGGGGCUUCUGACCCGGAAGUGGCGCCUUGGGUUCGCUGCGACGCCAGGGGUAUGGUGGGAGCGGGUCCGGGAGCAGGGGGCGCCGAACCGGGAGCCCCGCCGGGGGCUGGGAUAUGGGGAUUGCAGCCUCCGCGGCCGCCCCAGUCCUCUUCCCGGGGCGUAGAGGCGGCGGCCGUAGCAGCCCUGGGAACCGGGGAUGGCUCCGCGGCCACGGAGGCCUUGUUCCUGGCUCUGGGGGCCGGCGUGACUGCGCUGAGCCACCCACUCUUCUACGUGAAACUGCUCAUCCAGGUUGGACAUGAACCACUGCCUCCCACUGUAGGGACCAAUGUGCUGGGAAGAAAGGUCUUCUACUUGCCUAAUUUCUUCACAUAUGCCAGACACAUUGUGCAAGUGGAUGGGAAGAGAGGACUAUUCCGAGGCUUGAGUCCAAGACUUAUGUCUAGUGCUCUCUCCACCCUAUCCCGGGGUAGUGUGAAAAAGGCUUUCCCUUUGGAGGAGUUAGAACAUGUAUCCAAUAAGGAUGAUGUGAAGACAUCACUGAGGAAGGUAGUGAAAGAGACUUCUCAUGAGAUGGUGGUACAGUGUGUGUCCAGGGUGCUUUCUCACCCUCUGCAUGUCAUCUCGAUGCGCUGUAUGGUCCAGUUCGUGGGGCGGGAGGUCAAAUACAGUGGCGUGCUGAGCUCCAUUGGGAAGAUUUUCCAAGAAGAAGGGCUGCUGGGGUUCUUUGUGGGCUUGAUACCUCACCUCCUGGGAGAUGUGGUCUUCUUGUGGGGCUGUAACCUCUUGGCUCAUUUCAUCAACGCUUAUUUGGUGGACGACAGUUUCAGCCAAGCACUGGCAGUUCGCAGUUACACCAAGUUUGUGAUGGGGAUUGCAGUUAGCAUGUUGACCUACCCUUUCCUCCUGGUUGGUGACCUCAUGGCUGUCAACAACUGUGGGUUGCUGGCAGGCCUCCCACCUUAUUCCCCUGUGUUCAAGUCCUGGAUUCAUUGUUGGCGAUAUCUGAGCAUGCAGGGUCAGCUUUUCCGAGGAUCAAGUCUGCUUUUCCGCCGAAUCUCAGCAGCAUCAAGCUUCUCCAUUGACUAAAUCAGAAUAACUUGACUACAAUAAUAAACAGACUAUCUGCCCAGCCCGAGUAAGGGCCUGAUUAUUGGGCUAUCUUGUAAGAUAACUGACUGUAUAAUACAACGAUUUGGAUGUUUGCCUUUCUGGUGGUUAUUAGUGGUUUUUCAGUUGUGUAGAUAGGGGAUGGGCUGGUAGGUAAGGAGAGUAGGGUUUUGGUGUGGUCUGAAAAAGUACUUAUUCAAUACUGAUUCUGAUUUAAUAAUUUCUAAGACUGCUUGGCAGAGUGGCACAAGGGGCAUUGGAGCAAUUUCUGGUAAAUAUCUCAGAGGCAUUGCAAAUAAAAUGAAAAAUAAUAUUAGUAAGGGCAUAGAGACUCAUUCCAUUAUACCAUAGUCAGGGUGGCAGCAUAUUUCCUCCUCUCCCCCCCAUUGAACAAAACUCAGGCAGAGAACAGAUGAGCAUACUUCUCCUCUGCUUGGUUUUGUAAACAAUAAUAAUAAUAGCAAUAGCUUUGCAGAUAUUUCCUCAACAGUUAGGGGUAGGAGGUAUAGUUUUGGGCGAGAAACAGCCUGUUUUAAUUAGUACUCUUAUAUCAUGUAACUCUGUUGCUUAAUAAAGGAUAUGUAAUAUGUUGUGGUUCCCAGA